AUGGAGGUGGUUGCACAAUGCAUCGAAGCCGCUAGCGCCACACUUUUCACGGUCAAGCAGAGAUUGACGAGAAUAGCAGGAACAGACUCAACAAUUUGGAGGCUUGGGUCGUCAAGGAUGACAACUCCCUAGCUUCCGAGGGAGCUGUGGAGUUCUGUUGGGGCAUCGAGGUCAAUACGCUAGUUCUCAUGGCUACCAGCACGUCAGGCAGCGGCUAGGGCAAGAGCAAACAUAACCAGUACUCUGAAUACAAGGAUACUUUCAAGACAAUUCUGAAAGGUCUCGUGGCGUAAAAGGCCCAGGUCAACGAGACGUGCGCUCUCCACGUCCACGUCGGAAGACUUUGGUUGGACCCGCCGUUCUCGCUCGUCACCCUGAAAAAGCUCGCCACAAUCCUCAUGCUCGGCGAGGCGCGCCUCGCGGGAUCUGCGCCGAGCACACGCGUCUCAACGCCAUGGACUUUGCCCUCCCUUCAUGGCCUCGAUCCUGGUGCGUCAACUCGGUUGGUUCAAACCGCGCGGCAAUUCCCCAGACUACGACGACUGGAUCCCAGACGCAGCAAGCAGCCCAGGUUCCAGCUCCUCUGGGGCGCCGAAAACAUCCACGAACUCUGCGCGAUGCUGGGGAUCCAUCAUGCGCCCCCCGACGAGAGAAACCGGGUAGCCUACAACUUCAACCACCUCGUAGACGAUGCGUCGGGGUCAGAGCGCACCAUCGAGUUCCGCAAGCACGAGGGUACGGUCGACUAUCGGGUCGCGUGGGCUUGGGCCAUGAUCUGCACCCAGCUGGUCAGGUUUGCUGAUACUUCGGAUACUAAGCACUUCCGACUUCUCGUCAAGAACCCCUUAAAGAGCUAGGGGGAGGAGAGUGUACACUAUACCUUGAAACUAGGGAAUUAGACAAGCCUCUGGAUCCUUGAGUGCUUCCACGGUAAAAACAAACUAAAAUAGGUUACCUGACGGGUCAGGAAGGGGUCAGCUGCUGAACGGAGCCUCUUUUUUUCUUGUUUUUUGCCUCCGGCGGCGC